AUGCUUGCUCAACUAGCAGUAAAUAAAAUUCCGACACCACGUGUGUUAUCUAUUUGUUGUACUCGAUCAGCAGCAUCGAGUUCAAAAGAUUCCUCUCAUUCACCCACAUCGUCAUCUCAUUCCCAGCCUCAUUCAGCUAAACAUGAAGGAGGAGCAGUAUCCUAUCCAGCAGCAUCAAAAAAUCGAGUAUUACCGGCCGAUGAUGGAAAAGUUCGUUUUCCAAAUGUAUGGGAUUUGGCACUUAACAAACGUCGUUUUGAAUACGCAAUGAAAUUUAAAGGAUAUGAUGAUCCAUGGGGUAUGAUGCCUGUUAAACGUCUAGCAAAUAGUUCACCAGAAAAUGCAAAUUUAGUUCCAAGUGCAUUUGACAAACGUCUUAUCGGUUGUGUAUGUAACGAAGAUGUUUAUCAUAUUAAAUGGAUGUAUGUUCACAAAGGAGAACCGAAACGAUGCUAUUGUGGUCAUUGGUUUAAGGUAGUAGAAAGAACAUGGCCAGAUUUGACCGAUUUUGGUAUUACACCAGAAAUGCUACAACCACAACAUCAUUAA